GACAGACCAGAAAGUGGAUCCCUAAGGGACUGCUGCUAACCCCUCCCAGGUUCUCUGCUUGUGACCAUUCGUCAUGGCUGGUCUAGCGCCAGACUGGCUGCAACUCCGAUUGUGUCCACCUCCCAGCGUGGAUGCCUUCUCCUCCUCAUCUAUAUAACUGCCCUCCCUCGUCCCUACACCCUCUUUUCCUCAUUACACAUUCACACACAUCUGCUGGUUACAUAGCAAGCCAUCACAUCCUUCCUACAUCACUUCAUCUCGCACGACCAGCUCAGUCACUUGUCCUCGUGAUCACUUCAGUCACGCUGUCGUCCUCCAAGUCAUCCCGUUUCUGGCCCCCAUUCUAUUACUCCGUCCGGGAGUCUUUUCGACUCGAAAGAACUCUUCCUCGCACUCGAGCGCCCCUGCGUCGCGCCACAACCAUGCCUCACCCCGUUGAGCAGCCCGCCGAGCCUGUGGUGCUCGUGCGUGACCUCGAAGCCGAUGAGAAACUCGUCAUCAGUCAGUUUGAACGUCAUGCCAGCCACUGUCCCCAGUGCGCCGAUCCGAUGACAGUGCUCGAGGAGACGCGCUCGCUCUGCAAGCGUGGCAACCAGUACGCCUGCGACGUCGUCGACUACCUCCGCAGCAAGAACGGCAAAAUCUACUCGGUCGUUGACCUCGAACUCAACCGCUCCACACUGGUCAAGAUACCUCUCAACCACAAGGCCGUCCGUCAACUCCUCCUGGCGAUUGAACAUGGUCUGCGCGUGACCCCCGCGGUGAACCCUCCGCCAGUGAUCACCUAUGAGCCGGCUCCUCCUCGCCGGGCUUCCACCCAGGAGAACAUGGCCUGCACCGCCAUUAUCGAGCGUGAACCUCGGUCUCUCAAGCGUCGCCGGGUCAUUGUCUACACCUCACCACGGAGCUCACCCAGCCGGGGCUCUCUAUACGAAGCUGAUGCAGCGGACCGCAUUGAGCGGGUCAACCGGACCUCGCGCAUCUACCGGCCGAGCGAAUACUACCGCUGAGAUGCCCGGAUCUUCUUCCGGCUUUCUUCAGCGAUUAUGGAUACUUCGAAUUCCAGCCAAGUCAUCGUUACCGACCCACGUCGCAGGCUAGACCGCCGCGACCGGACGACCCUUCAUAGCAGCUGGCAGCUGCUAUGGGAUUGGGCUACCCUAGGAACUGGUUCCUUCUACUGCUGUCCUACUCUAUCAUGUUUGGCUUGCAUAGUAUGACGAGGAACGAACGGCAAAACAGAAAUCAUCCACAAAAAAGGAUUUCCUUGUGCAGCUGCAGCUGCAGCUCUGACUCAUUCUCCAGUGGUCCCCGGAGCUGCAGCUUACCUGCAGGCAACCCGACCGCCGAUCCACCGGAUCCUUCCCCUCAUUUGCUGACUCGGAGCUCAACG